AUUUUUUCACCGGAAAUUUUGAAAUUUGAAUUUGAACGUGUUUUGCCGAACAGAUUUUCCUUUUUCAUCACUUUGUUUAUUUAUAUUCAAUAGAUUGAAAAAGUAAAGUAAGAGUCACAAAAAUACGCCGUUUUGCAGCUGUAUUCAAGUUAUUUGUGAACCAGCUACAACGCCAACCAUCCACCAAACGCCCCUAAAAAUGCCGGCAGUAUACACGUUCACGCGAAGCGAGAACGAGAUCCUCCAAGACCUGGUGAGGGUGUUCAGCUCAUCACGGGGGACCGCUCGCGAGGCGUGGGGCCUGCAGGCUGAGCUGCUGGUGGAGCCUGUCGGCUGGGACGCUCUGUGGAAACUGUCCAAGGAGUUCUGCAAGAAGUUUGAGGCAAGAUUUCCCUGCAUAGCGUAUGUGACAGUGACAUCGGUAGACUUUGAGAACCUGUCAGCCAAUGUUGAUGUGAUGAGUGUGCAGCACGAGUCUGUGUCAUUGCCGGAGGAAGUACAGGAUGUUCCGUUGAUUGAGCUGUGGCCGACUGAGAAGCAACGAGAGAUCUGUAUCAAUGCUGCCGUGACUGCCGAGUUCAUUGAUCUACUGAGAUUCUACUACAACAACAUCUGGAUGCCAUGGGACGACCAAGACGAAAAGGUUCUCUUACCAAAGACCAUAGAAGAGAGGAUGCAACUGUGGUCUGACCUCCACAAUGGGACUAUACCAUCCUGCAUGGCCCGGCAAGUAAUUCUUCUGAGGAACAGUGCCAUCAACGCCCACGAGAAACUCAGGCAGCUUGACUCCUCACUUUGUGAGGUAGACUUAGAUGAUGAUGAUGACGACUCCCUCCUCCCUCCAAACUACAUAUCCCUGUGCGCUGAAAUGAACGCUAAACUGGACGGGUUGAUGUCAAAAUGGACUCUAUAUGAGAACCCCUUGAUAAGAGAACAGUACAUGGCGAAAAUGAAGAAGAAAUGGGAGCAGAAUCGAAGCAAGAGAAAUGUGGUAGCCCUAUGGGAGGGCGGCAGCAUAUUCGAGUUUGAGGAGAUCUCCCAAUUCCUCCGCACCAAGGUGUCCAGUGAGCAGACGCUAUCCGUGCGGUCUUCAGCAGAGGAAGCUCUGGCCGUGGAGCCCGAGGACCUGGUGGUCUGCAGCAAGCAGUACGAGAUACCGGAGGUGCCGCUCGCUGACAUUAAUAUUUGUAGCUUUAAUGGCUCAACGCUCCUAGCGGACGACACCCGCUCCUGCCUCCUCAUGCUGAGCGGCGCCUGCCGGCUGCGCGACCUGGCGCUGCGGUGCGCGCGCGUCAACACGGCGCUGGCGGUGCGCGGCGCCGCGCGCGUCUCCAACUGCAUGCUGAGCGACCAGCCCGACAGCUGCCAGAGUGAUUUCGCCCAAGGAAUCGUGGCCAUGAGUGGAGCGAACAUGAUAAUUGAAGAUUGUACGUUCGAGAACUUCUACUCCGGAAUAGUCGUCCAUAAAGGAGCACAGAUAGAGCUCCGCAACUGCGUGAUAAAGAAGUGCGGCGUCGGCAUCCAGAUGUACAGUGGGGCGCAGGUGACGCUCACCAACACCAACGUCGCCGAGUGUACCGAGCAGUGCAUCCGCUGCGAGGUAGAUGGCGCCACCGACAGGAGUAGGGAUAACACGAUCGAAGGUCUGAACAUUAAGUCUCUCUGCACAAUCGGGUCAGGCGAUCUACAGAAGGAGAUCCUGGUUGUGCAACAAGACAACAAUCUAAUGUAACCUCUCUCAGUCUUAUAUUAAGGUUGAUUAUUAUUGCAUGUUUCUUGUAAGUUAUAAUGAGAUUAUAUUUCCGUUCAGUUAAAUUUCAAUUUCAUGUAGUAGUUAUAAGGAUUUAGAUUACUUUUAUUUAACAUAAUACUCUUUUAAUUUGAUUAUUACCUUCGUUAUAUGAGCAGCUUUAAUUAUUUGUUUUAUAUUAAUGAUAACAUUUUUAAUAAAUAGAAGUGCAUUUAUGUUAACCUAGUGUAUAGAAAUUUGUAAUAAAAUAAAUACUUACAUAACUAAGUUAAAUUUAA